AUGCGUGCAUUUGAAGAUUAUGAUGACAGUUUGCUUAAUCCAGACACUAUUUUGCACUCGUUACCACCAUAUAAUUACACAAGUUUUUUGCAAGAAUGUCCAACAAUAUGUGUUGUCAUAACAGCGUUGUGUGUUAUUGCAAUUUCUUUGUAUUUCUGGAGAUUGUUCUGGAUACGGCAGGAAGAACAUCUUGAUAACGUAGUACUUAAUGGUCGAUUUGGCUCUUCAGUUCUGAGCAAAGUUCAGCAGAGAAUUACUACUAACAAAAACACGGAUGCAACGCUGAAACCUUUGUGUGACAAAGAAUCCUUUAAAUUUGAAGACAAUGAACCGGAUGAAGUAGUUACCUCUUUAAACGAAUUAUAUGGGAAGUUAGCAACAGCAAAUUUGCGAGCCAAAGCUAAAAAAUUGGAGAAAGCAAUGACUGAGGAAGAGCGAAAAGAGGAACAAUUAAUACAGCAAAAACAAUUGGAGUCAAUAUGCGAAAUGAUCAUGCAAGAGCCAGAAAAGUUUGGUUUUCAUGAUAAAUCAGAAGUCACGGAGCAGAUGAAAUUAUAUUCAAUUUGA